AUCAUAGCGAAGCACCGACCCUAGUAUCUUCUUCUUCACACCACCAUUUCUAAAUUGCAACCUUUCAGUUUCAGAUACCCAGAAAAUUAAGAGAAAUUAGUGAGGUUGUAUUAUUGUACUAAUGGGAGACCUGAAGCGGAAAAGAGGACGAAAGCCUAAAAAUGUGGUGGCGGAAGCUAACGCUGCCGCAUCAGCAUCCACUUCCACUGCCGUGGAUGACGGCGCAGUAGUCGCGGUACCUACUGAAGCUACCAAGCAGGACUCUCAGACCCAUCGCCGUGGCCGCGGACGUCCUAAGAAGGGUGGUAAUCACUCUGAAGAUGACAGAAGUGACAUGGCCGCAUCGCCGGAAAGGCGAGCUCCUAGGUUAUAUGACCACAAUGGCGCUGGAGACUCGAUUGCACAUAACGGGCACGUAAUAGUUGAGGCUGUGGCGGCCCCUCCGCAGGUCAGGUGGGAGAGCGUGGCUGCAGCAGCGAAAGCAGCUUCGUCGAUGGAUGCGGUAGUGAAGGUUUUCUGUGUACAUACGGAGCCAAAUUUCUCGCUUCCAUGGCAGCGGAAGCGGCAGUACAGCACCAGCAGCAGCGGGUUCAUCAUAGGUGGGAGGAGAAUUCUAACCAAUGCGCACUCAGUAGAGCAUCAUACACAAGUCAAGCUCAAAAAACGCGGUUCUGAUACCAAAUACCUGGCCACUGUCCUUGCCAUCGGUACAGAAUGUGACAUCGCUAUGUUGGCUGUCAGUGAUGACGAAUUUUGGGAAGGAGUAUCACCAGUAGAGUUUGGAGAUUUGCCUCCACUACAGGAUGCCGUAACUGUUGUGGGCUAUCCCAUUGGCGGUGACACAAUUUCUGUGACGAGUGGUGUGGUUUCACGCAUGGAGAUUCUGUCUUAUGUUCAUGGCUCGACAGAGCUACUUGGUUUGCAGAUAGACGCUGCAAUCAAUUCAGGAAAUUCUGGUGGCCCUGCCUUAAAUGAUAAAGGCAAAUGCGUGGGUAUUGCGUUUCAAUCACUCAAACAUGAGGAUGUGGAAAAUAUUGGUUAUGUCAUUCCGACUCCAGUGAUUAUGCAUUUCAUUCAGGACUAUGAGAAAAAUGGGGCAUAUACAGGGUUUCCAAUCCUUGGGGUUGAGUGGCAAAAGAUGGAGAAUCCUGAUCUGCGUUCGUCCACAGGAAUGUCCCCCGAACAAAAGGGUGUCCGCAUUCGAAGAAUUGAGCCUACAGCUCCAGAGUCUCAUCUUCUAAAGCCAUCUGAUGUUAUCCUCAGCUUCGACGGGAUUGAUAUUGCUAAUGAUGGGACAGUUCCAUUUAGACACGGAGAGCGUAUUGGUUUCAGUUAUCUCAUCUCUCAAAAGUACACUGGAGAUUAUGCUCUGGUCAGAGUUCUCCGUAAUUCCAAAAUACUCGAGUUCAACAUAAAACUAGACACACACAAACGCCUUAUCCCAGCACAUAUUAAUGGCAGGCCACCUUCUUAUUACAUUAUUGGUGGAUUUGUGUUCUCUGCUGUUUCUGUUCCAUAUUUACGUUCAGAGUAUGCAAAAGAUUAUGAAUUCGACGCCCCAGUCAAAUUGUUGGACAAACUUUUGCAUGCAAUGGCACAAUCAAUAGACGAGCAGCUAGUUGUUGUUUCUCAGGUGCUUGUUGCUGACAUCAAUAUUGGAUAUGAAGAUAUAGUCAACACUCAGGUUCAUGCCUUCAAUGGAAAGCAUAUCACGAAUCUAAAGAGCUUGGCAAGCAUGGUGGAAAGCUGUGAAGAAGAAUUUUUGAAGUUUGAUCUUGAAUGUGAGCAGAUUGUGGUCUUACAGACUCAGAAGGCAAAGGCUGCAACUAAAGACAUUCUUGCGAUGCAUUGUAUCCCUUCAGCCAUGUCCGAUGAUCUUAAGACAUGAAAGCCAACUGUUAAGGUUUGGAAGUCCUUAGCCCACAAUAGUUUCUUCUAGUUUUCCUAUCCAAUUUUGCUCUCUCAUCUCUUCUAUAUAUGCUUAGUUUACUUACAACUUACAAGUCAAGUGAUGGGGUCUUUGAAAGUAUGUACCUGUCUGAAUCUUAAGAUGGUAAAGAAUCUCGAUGCUAAAAUAAUGCCGAUAUUAUUUUGUCAGUGGACUCGAGAUUAUUUCGUCAAAGUUCUUCCACAAGAACUACAUUUUGUAGAAUUUCAUCUCGCUGUAGAAAUUGGAAAUUGCAUUCUGAAAUUCGUCAGCAGGAGGAUUUUGAGGCUAAGAAAGAAGAUUGUAGCUUAUGUUUCUUUUUAGAUUUUACCUUCUGAUAUUUGGAUUUAACCAUGCUCUACAAAUAUGUUACAGGAGAGAGAAUUACUUUCUCCAUACCGAAUCAUAACUGUAUAUUAGACUUCUGUUUACAUAAGAGAGAAUUACUCUGCAUACUA